UAAACCUAAACUUUUUGGCUAUUCCAGGGGUGCAGUGAAAGUUGUUUUUUUGACGUCUGUUUUCCUAGUAAGUCUUUUAAACAAAAGCACAACCCGAAAAAUGGCUUCAAAAAGAGCUCUGGUCAUCCUAGCCAAGGGAGCUGAGGAGAUGGAAACCGUCAUUCCUGUGGAUGUCAUGAGGCGAGCUGGAAUUAAGGUGACUGUCGCAGGUCUGGCUGGAAAAGACCCAGUGCAGUGCAGCCGAGACGUUAUCAUUUGUCCUGAUGCCAGUCUCGAAGAUGCAAAAAAAGAGGGGCCGUAUGAUGUGGUGGUGCUGCCAGGCGGGAAUCUGGGUGCACAGAAUUUAUCCGAGUCGGCCGCCGUGAAGGAGAUCCUGAAGGAGCAGGAGAAGCGGAAAGGUCUCAUUGCCGCCAUCUGCGCAGGUCCUACGGCUCUGCUGGCUCACGAAAUAGGCUUUGGAAGCAAAGUGACAACGCACCCACUUGCCAAAGACAAAAUGAUGAAUGGAAAUCAUUACAGCUACUCGGAGAACCGUGUGGAAAAGGACGGCCUGAUCCUCACCAGCCGUGGCCCCGGGACCAGCUUCGAGUUUGCGCUCGCUAUCGUGGAGGCCCUGAAUGGCAAGGAGGUGGCCGAUCAGGUGAAGGCCCCGCUGGUCCUGAAGGAUUAGAGCCGCGGUGCGUGCUGGUGCGUGGGAGAAGCGGGCCGGCGGCCCUCUGCUCUCGAGAAGAAGGGCUGCUUCCAGUAAUGUACUUGGUGCAAACCCUGUGUCCGUACAUUUCAGAGCCUUGCCAUUGUAGAAUAAACAGGACACCUAGCAAACGA